CCUCCGAGGUGUUUGCAGCCGGUGCAAACUUGCACACUGCUGGAGUGCCCACACCAGAGUUGGGGGUCGGUGGGCGUGUCCGAGCUCCCUGCAGCCCUCUCCCGCCUAGGCAGUCCCGGGAACAUUCUGAAAAGUAUCCAAAUUUCUGCGACGCGCGCGCGCGCGCCAAAAGAGAAAAAGGCACAACCCCCCACCACUCUGGGCGUUGCGUGUCGGGACUUUGCCACUCGUGCUGCACCUCCAGCAGCGGCGCACACGCCUUCUGCGCCUCCUCCCAGAGAGCCUCGCCGUCGGUUGGGCACUUGCCUUGCACCCUCUCCAGAUCGGAGAGGUGACCUGAGAGCUCUUGCUCCUCUCUUUGGGGCAUCAUGCCCAACGACGACGCAUUCAGCAAGCCCUCGGCCCCGUCGGAAGCUCAGCACGCCCCGGGGGCACCGCCGCAGGGCAAGGCCGGGGGCUUUGGUAAAGCAGCUGGGGCGCUGCUGGCGACCUCCGGCGGCACUGGGGCCGGGGGCGGCAGCGGCUCCGGUACUGGGGCGUCGGGCAUGGGCGCCGCGAGCAAGAAGUCCCCGCGGCUGCCCAAGUGCGCGCGUUGCAGGAACCACGGCUACGCGUCGCCCCUCAAGGGCCACAAGCGUUUCUGCAUGUGGCGGGACUGCCAGUGCAAGAAGUGCAACCUGAUCGCCGAGAGACAGCGUGUGAUGGCCGCGCAGGUGGCUCUGAGAAGGCAGCAGGCCCAGGAGGAAGAGUUGGGGAUCAGCCACCCCAUCCCACUGCCCAGUGCGGCUGAGCUGCUAGUCAAGAGAGAGAACAAUGGCAGCAACCCGUGCCUGAUUGAGAAUAGCAGCUCCUCUCAGCCGCCUCCGGCCAGUACCCCCACCACUGCUGCUUCAGAGGGACGCAUGGUCAUCCAGGAUAUUCCUGCUGUCACCACCAGAGGGCACAUGGAGAACACAGCUGAUCUGGUUUCAGACUCCACCUACUACAGCAGCUUCUACCAGCCAUCUCUGUUCCCUUACUACAACAAUCUGUACAACUACCCGCAGUACUCCAUGGCCUUGGCUGCUGAUUCUUCUUCUGGGGAUGUGGGAACCCCCCUCGGGGGAUCCCCUGUGAAGAAUAGCCUUCGGAGCCUUCCAACACCUUAUGUGCCUGGUCAGUCAGGAAACCAGUGGCAGGUCUCUCACCCACAUCUGUGUCACCCAGUCCACGAUCAAAAGAUGAAAAACUCGGAGAACCGUCAUGCGGUGAGUUCGCAGUACAGGAUGCAUUCUUACUACCCGCCUCCCUCCUACCUGGGCCAGAGCGUGUCCCAGAUCUUCACUUUCGAGGAUGGGCCUUCCUACGCAGAAGCCAAAGCGAGUGUAUUCUCACCGCCCAGCAGUCAAGAUUCUGGCUUGGUUUCCCUCUCCAGCAGCUCUCCCAUUAGUAACGAGAGCACAAAGGGAGUGCUCGAAUGUGAGUCUGCGUCGGAGCCCAGCAGCUUCGCGGUCACUCCCGUCAUCGAGGAGGAUGAGUAAGCGGCGCCAGCCCUUUGCCUGUGGCCGUUCGCUUGGGAUAGCGGGCUUAUUCCACGGAUACGGAUGCACGGGGCUUGUUCAUGCUUUGCCUUGAUUCAUGCCAAGUUAACUGUUGAGAGCGUGUUUGGUUUGUAUUUCUUCGAGUUUAUUUAGCCCAGAGGCUAAAACACAUUUGUAAUAGCCUAGGAUCCCUGACUACCAUCUACAAGAAUUAAGUGCUUUGCUCAUGGAGUUAAAUAGCAGUGCUCCCCACCCCCAUUUUUUUUUGAAUGACACUUGUUUACGUGUCGUUUUCAGGAAAUAACAAAAAUUCACUCGAGUAAAGCAGUCAGUACAUUUGCAUCUAAAUGAGUCAUAAUUAGGUACUACUUUUAGUUUUAAAAUGAAAUCCUAGGUGCCUUAGAUUUUUAAAAAGUAUUUUAAUUAAAGUGCAAAAAAUAUAAAUUUAACCAAAAAUCUUACCAGUGAGAAGAAAAGAUGAAACCAUUUGUGAACCGUUGAGAAAUCUGCAGAAGGUCAGAGUAGGUGGAAAUAUACUAUGUGCUGCUGUUGGAAAGGUUACCCAGCUCCACCCCCCCACCCCUCCCCAAUCUAAAACAUGACUGAACUAUGUGGUAGUCAGGGGGGAAAAAAAUGAAAAGCCCUUAAGAUUGCUACCUUUUCUGUUAGGGGUAAUUUGAAAACUACAGUUGAAAGCAACCCUAGUGAUGCCGAGUUCCUGGGUGGUGUUUCUAGAAUAAUAUAAGAGUUUAUCAUACAUAUUCUUUUCUACUACAGGGGGAAAAUGGAUGCAAUCUAGACUAUUUUGUAACCUUAGGUUGUAAUCUGAUUUGAAAAUAAGUACAUCUUUAAAAGUUACUACAGACUUCUGAGUUCAUUAUUUUGUUAAAAAUUGCUUAUGGAGGACUUGCUUAUGUAACAGAAAGCAUCCUGAAAUGAAACUAGUCUAAAAAAAAUUCAUUGUUCUGUGUAGUUGCAGCUGUACCUGAAAUAAAAAUGUUAUUGAUGACUGAAUUUUCUUGUGUGUAUAUUUGGUGAGCGGUAUUAAACAGGAAAAAAGAAAUUACUUGUAUUUUCUUCGCUCUGUGCUUUGAAAACAUCUAUUUGAUUUUACCCCCAUCUGUUGUAAUCAAUAACCUGACCAUCUUGUUUUUUAUUAAAUGCACUUACUCUUAAUUUCAUCCACCAGUGGUUUUAGAGAGAAUAAUGUGGAGUUACCUAUAUAGGUUUGACAUUAUAAAUCACUUCUUGGGGCUGAAUCGUAUAGCGGUAUCG